AUGCAAUUGAAUCCACACGGAGUAUAUGACGCAAGCUCAUGGAAAGAGCGGUAUGACUUCGUCAUCAAAAGUGCGUACUUUACUCUAUCUAGCAUAUAUUUCAACUCUACAGCACCCUCAACAUGCGCGACCGGGAACACAUAUACCACCAAGUCGGGCGAUACCUGUAACACCAUUGCACAAGCGAACCAGGUUUCUUCAGGCAGUCCCUACAAGAUCAACACCGCUCUCUAUAAUCGCAACAAUCCUGGUGGACGCUAUGGCUGUCUAUUUGGUGCUCAAAUAUUGGGGCGCCAAACUAAGUUGGGGCAUACCAUUUGCGUAUCACCGCCAGGCGGUGCUUUCUACCAUACACCAGGAAACAACACGUGUGGAGGGGUUGGUGGACCAAAAGGUUGUGGUGAUGGCUAUGCGGAUACCAUUACCCAGCUUCCUGCAGGGUCCACUCUGGAGCCGAUCAGUACCAAAUACUGUGGGGAGUUUUACACCGCCAAAGGAGGUGACACCUGGCGAGGCAUUCUUGUCAAUGCAAAUACGCCCUCUGACCUCUUCAUUACCGUUAAUCCAUUGAUUAUGUCGGCAGAGGCAUGCAACGCAAACAUGAAGGCGGCGUUGACACGGCGCCGCCCUCAAAUGGGACAGGGCCGCCAAUUCCGUCAGGAAGCCGGACGACCUCUGUCAGAUCUACCAUUAACGCCACCGCCCUCUUCGACUACUGUGAGUAGGGCAUCAACGACGACUUCGACUGCAAUUCUGACAACGACAAGCACGCCAGGCACGAACCUCAUCUCGCCCAACGGCCUCUGUGGGUCGAACUCCCCCGUAAACGCUACAUGUGGCGGAAGCAGCUUCGGUUCCUGUUGCUCAAACUACGGCUUCUACGUCACAGUAUUGUGCAGUGUGUCUCUGCCAGCCUGCAUUCGGGUCGUGCACCAACGAAAAAGCCCCGAGCCAAGAUGGAACCUGCAGGUGGCCAUCACCGAUUGGGGCGACGUGCAAAGGAAGUCAAUUUGGCGAUUGCUGCUCUUCCAGCGGUUACUGUGGAAGCUUGUCCUUAUAUUGUGGCUCGGGGUGUCAGAAGGAGUUUGGGACAUGUACUUAGAAGUAGUAUUGGCCUUCGGGCCAUUUAGCAGCUCCGAGGUCUAG